UUGGGGGCGAGAGAGAAAGUAACUCCAGGACGAGACCGGAGCGACCCGCGCAGCGAGCAGAGGCGGCGAGGCUGCGCCCGGCGCCCGAGACCAGCGGCUGCGCGGGGCGGGGGCUGCGCCCGAGUCCGAUCCGCCGCUCCGGCUCCGAGUGGUCUCGGGGAAAGGGCCGUUGUCCAGCACAGAUGCGUUUGUCGGAGGGAGCAGUGGAGGUUCGCGGCAAGGCGUACAGCCUGGGGCUUCCAGUGAUACUCUGGGCAGCGAUGGAAGCCUAGAUGCCUCACCGCAAGGAGCGGCCGAGCGGGUCCUCGCUUCACGCCCACGGCAGCACUGGCACCGCGGAGGGAGGAAGCAUGUCUCGGUUGUCUCUCACCCGGUCGCCUGUGUCUCCCCUGGCCGCCCAGGGGAUCCCACUGCCGGCCCAGCUCACUAAGUCCAACGCGCCUGUGCACAUCGACGUGGGCGGCCACAUGUACACCAGCAGCCUGGCCACGCUCACCAAGUACCCUGACUCCAGAAUAAGCCGCCUCUUCAAUGGCACCGAGCCCAUCGUCCUGGACAGUUUGAAGCAACAUUAUUUCAUCGACCGGGAUGGGGAGAUUUUCCGCUAUGUCCUGAGCUUCCUGCGGACGUCGAAACUGCUGCUCCCAGAUGACUUCAAGGACUUCAGCCUGCUGUACGAGGAGGCGCGGUACUACCAGCUGCAGCCCAUGGUGCGCGAGCUGGAGCGCUGGCAGCAGGAACAGGAGCAGCGGCGCCGCAGCCGGGCCUGCGACUGCCUGGUGGUGCGCGUCACGCCGGACCUGGGUGAGCGGAUCGCGCUCAGCGGCGAGAAGGCUCUCAUCGAGGAGGUCUUCCCCGAGACCGGGGACGUCAUGUGCAACUCGGUCAACGCCGGCUGGAACCAGGACCCCACGCACGUCAUCCGCUUCCCGCUCAACGGCUACUGCCGGCUCAACUCGGUGCAGGUCCUGGAGAGGCUGUUCCAGAGGGGUUUCAGCAUGGCUGCGUCCUGCGGGGGUGGCGUGGACUCCUCCCAGUUCAGCGAAUACGUGCUUUGCCGGGAGGAGCGGCGGCCGCAGCCCACCCCCACUGCUGUCCGAAUAAAGCAGGAGCCCCUGGACUAGGCCCUGCCUCAGCGCCCACCUGAGGCCUCUGGGCCCUGGGAACACCCCAGGGACCGGGAAACAGUGCUGGGGAGUUCUGCCUAUGCCUGCUUAGCGGUGGCCAUGAGACUGAGGGUGGGGCUGGAGGGUCCAAAGCCUGCCCAGAGAGCCCCAAGGCCCCACGUGUCAUGGCAACAGAAUGUGGGAUGCUGGAGGCACGUCCACUGAAGGACUGUUGAUGUGACCCAAAGAUGCCGAGGUGGGAGAACUCGGCCACCAGUUGUCUGGGCCCCUCGGCUCCCAGUCCGGUCCUCGCGGCGCCACACGUGCCGAGGCAGGGUCAGCAGAGGCCUCCCCAGUGCACUCUGAGGAGCUGUCCAUCCUUCGCCACGCGGCAGACUCCAGUGGGUCUCCUUGCGUCAGAGAUGGCUUAUUUUUCUACAGUAUUUAAGACGGAAGUAACUGUCAGUGCACAAGUCAGAGAGGCCGACAAAGACCAAUGCUUCCUUAUCUGGUGCUCAGCUCAGUCGGACGCACAGCAUGUCUGCAUGGGGGGGUGGAAGAGCUGCCGGACACUCGGGCCCAGGUGCCCGCAGAGCAGGGCUUCGAGACUUCUGGUCCCUGCUCUAGGGGCAGAUGCAGGGAUGGCAGUGCCACAGGGGCUGAAACUGGGCUCCCACGGGGUGGGGCUGCUGGGAGGAGGGUGGUACAGGCGUGGGGGAUGGAUAGCUGUGAGACCCUACCUUUGCUGCCGCCUGGGGCACAGGCCACACUUGAGAACCACCUGACCAACUAAUGCCCAGGGCCUUCGAUUCCUAUCUGUGCGUGCGCACACCUGGGCUCCCAGAGAAGUCAUCUCCCCAUCAGGACCAGCCACGGGGCCACACCACAUCCUUACCUCAGGAAUGGGCCCCACGGUGAAAGGGGCCCAUCUGUCAGCAGCAUCCUCUGGGUCCCCAGCUCAGGAAGCCGUCCCCCACUCUGAUUUUCCCACACUCAUAUGCACACUGAAUUUUAAUUAGACUGUUGUUACACUAGCUUGCCAGUAAGACCCGGACAGAGUCAUACCUUGGGUUCUUGGCCCCGGAUUCCAACGAGGACUGCCUCUGAGGGGUCCCCACAGACCUGCUGCCUCUCAGACGACAGGUCCAACGAUGGAUACCGCCUGCCUUGUCACAGUUCCCCUCCCCUCCCGAGAUGGCUCUUUUCCCGGGUUGGAGAAACCGCAGAGAACUGCUGGGUGGGCGGGGCGUCCCGGCCAGCACUGCCCCCUUGUACGAUGCCUGUAGACUUGUAUAUGACUCCUUUAAUAUUGUAAAGAUGCUGAUGUACAAUUGUCGCGUGUUUGUGUAAACACAUUAUGUUCCUAGUUCAUGCCAUAAAUGAUGCUAUAAAGCGAAA